AUGCCUCAACUUGUCGAACCCGCAAACCUCCCACCAGCGCCUUUUAAUGGCUCCGAUGGUGUGUUUUACAACACUACUCUUCGUCAGACUGUUCAAGUUGGCCUAGAGGCAAAUAAAAUUCGUCUGGGGUUUUCUAAUGCGUUUGGGGUUAAUAAUCUCAACAUCACCAGUGCGGCUGUGAGUCGAGCAUUCGAAAGUCAAGCCGGAAUCAGUACACUACAGUCAGGAUCUACGCAAAAAUUACAAUUCAGCGGAAAACCGAGUAUUUCUAUCCCCAACGGCGGUCUGGUUGUUACGGACCCAAUUGAAUUUCCGGUUCAGGCCCAGUCGGUUCUAAUGAUCGAUCUUUUCUUAGAGCAUGGCCAAGACGGCUUUGCUAUCACGGGUCACCCUGGCAGUAGGACUACGUCGUUCAUGAGCAUUGACGACCAAGUUGGGGAGAAAAACCUGACCAGCAACUCUGUACAAAGUACCGAACAUUGGUACUUUAUCAGUGCAGUCGAGGGGCUUUUGAACGAGAAGUCUAGCUCCUUUGCCAUAGUCGGCGAUAGUAUCACAGAUGGUCGAGGAAGCACAACAAAUGCCAACAAUCGGUGGCCAGAUCUGUUGCAGAAGAAAUUAAAUCAGGGCAAAGCUACAGCGAAAAUCGCGAUUCUUAACCAGGCAGCAGGUGGAAACCGCAUCUUGCAUGAUGGCCUGGGACCUAAUGCUGUCAGUCGUAUUGACCGAGAUGUAUUGGCACAGCCUGGGAUCAAAUAUGCGAUGAUAUUCGAGGGUGUGAAUGAUAUUGGCGUUGCAGGCCCGGAUAUCGACUCCCAAGCUGAGAUUGGGGAUCAACUGAUAAUGGCCUUCCAGCAGAUUGCAAGAAGAGUUCAAGCAGCCGGAAUAUUAUUUGGCGGAGCCACAAUUACACCAUUCGGGUCACCGGCAAGCUCGAAUUACACUCAGCCUUACUCGGAUUCGGAACGGGAAAAAACACGACAAAGAAUCAAUUAUUUCAUCAGGAAUAGUGGAAUAUUUGACUUUGUACUCGAUUUAGACCGUGUUGUACACGAUCCGCAGAAUAAAUCUGUCCUUUUGGGGAAAUUUGACUCAGGAGACCAUCUCCACCCCAACGAAGCGGGAUAUCAGGCGAUUGCUGAUUAUUUUCCAUCUGAUUUUCUCCUGUGA